CUGCUCGCUUGGAUGCUGCUGCCAGGCUGCUGGGCAGUGAGGGGGCCUGGCACCGUGCGGGGAUUCCUGGGGGGGUCCUUCUCCGUGAACUGCACGUACAAGCCCGGCGAGGAGUUGAAGCCGAAAUUCUGGUGCCGUCCGGGAACCUUUUACACCUGUGAUACUGACAUCAUCAUCACCUCGGAGCUGCAGCCCGAGGUGCGGCAGGGCCGAUUCUCCAUCCGGGACGAUCGUGCACAGCGGGUGUUCACAGUGACCGUGGAGGGUCUGAAAAAGUCGGACAGGGGCACCUACCGCUGCGGGGUGCGAAAGAGCGUAAUCUUGCCUGAUGAGAGUGACGACGUGAAGGUGAUCGUGUCCCCAGCUUCCUCUUCCUCCUCCCCAGCCCCGACCACCAAGGACCCUGAUCUCACUAGCUUUGUAUCAGUCCCCACGGAGACAGCUCCCUGGGGGGAGUCUGCACAACCAGGAUCAAGUCACUCCCACCCCGAACACUUCGGCCCUCCACACUUGCAAGUGGUUGAGCACAUCCUCACUCCAGGCAUCAUAAUGGUUCUUCUUUUGCUUGCAAUUGCUGCUGGCAUUUUGGUAAAAAUGUCCAGGAAGAGGAAGCAGGUGAGAUUUGCAGUGGCAGCGCAGUUUUUUAGUACAUUUCUUUUCCUCUGGUUUCACUCAUGUCUAACCACAUCCAUGCUUCAUCCAGCCCUCUCCGGAGCAGCUGUAGAGAUGGACAGGACUCGCAGCACAUCGCGAACAGGAGCGGAUGCCUUGAACUAUGCGGACAUUAACCACCACGCAGGCACAGCCGAGAGCCAGCUGUACAGCAAUGCCGAGGCUUUGCGCUGCUUGGCAUACACCACGACCGAGUACACGGAGAUCACGCAGAGCAAUAAGCAUUUGGAAGAGGAAAAAGAGGCUACGUAUGCCAACAUGCCGUCAGCUCCACAGCCCAGAGAAGAGCUCUACAGUACAGUGAAGAGGGUGUGAGCCGGCCCCUGGCCCCGUGGGCUGCUCGCACUGCCGGCAGUGCCAGGGGGACACGGGCUGGCUUUUGGCUCGGGCAGGAGCUGGCUUGACAGCGGAGCUGCUGCUCUUGUAGGCUAAGACAUUUCCUUGGAGCAACCUCGAAGAGGAUGAGGUUGAGCAGGAGGCAUGGAGUGGGAUGAAAUCAUCCCUCUGCAUUUGGAGACCUCACCCAUACAGCAAUGGUGCUGGGAAUAAAAAACUGCCUCUUGCAUUGGGGUAGCGCAGGCCAGAGACCAGCCAGGCAGGGUGUGGAAGAGCCCGGCAGUGGUAGGCAAGGGUGGGCUGGGGGUUGUGGGUGGGCUGCCUGGCUCCCUGCACCCAGCACCCACCCCGCUUGCCCCUCUGGCUGUGUUAUUCACGUGGGCUGAUGCUCCCAAAACUGCUAGUCCCCUCAGACUUUUUUCAUGUCGAUGCCAGGCAGAGCUGGCAGCUCUUGGGAAGCAGAACAGCAAGAAAUGUUAUAUCCAAAUGCAUUUGUUAUAUCCAAAUACUGGGGGGCUCGGGUGGAGGGUGUAGUGGAUUAGGGUCUUGGUGCAAAGGAUAUGGCAGAGGUACUCCUGUCCCUCCUGCCCGGCAGCUGGGAAGCGUCUCCCCUGACCCCCCUGGUCCCACAGCCCCCAGGGAGAUUUGCUCCUGCUCUCUCUCCCCCGUCAUCCCCAAGGACCCCCAGGCUGGGAGCACACGAUGGGCUGUAACCGUGACCCUGCUCUUCUCUGCUUAUAAUUUAUUUUCUGCCACCCACUAAAUACGUUCUUGUUCUUUCGUGUAAAGUAUUGCUCCUUUAUCAGUGACAGGAACUGAGAAUUUGAUAGCAUCUAGCACAGUAUUUAGCUGUAUUCGUACGGCAGCUUUGCACCACGCUAAAGGGAUUAUUGCAGAGUGUUGCCCCAAAAGCAGGUCCGACCCCUUACUGGUGCCCAGGUGGACUCCAGCAGCGUGGCAACCCAGAUCUUUAAGGGCAAGGACUCUGCUGCUCCAGCACAAACCAGCAACCCCAUUGCCAGCAGCUGAGGCACGGCUCCCCACCAGGACAUUUCAUGGGGCUGCGCUUGGGGCACGCUCUUGCCCCCUGCGCUUUGUUUCAGUAUUUCUGUAAUUGUUUUAUUCGAGAAGCCACGUGGAGCAUCCCUGCUCUGUCAAAACCAAAGGCGGCUGCAAGUAGAUGUCAGUGCUAUGACAGUUGUGGUUAUUCCUAUAGGUUAUUCCUAUAUAAGCUUAUCUUCCUAUGGAAGCAAAAUUCCUCUUGUGUUCGGUCAGGAGGUCCUUCCCACCCUGCUGAGGCCGGGCUUCAGAGAAGGGAGCACACAGGGAACAAACGGCGAUGGCACAGACAAGCAUCACUGCAAUUUGUAAUGAAAAGGAGCAUCCAGCCAGAUUCCAGCCAUUGCUGGGAGAAAAGGGAAAGCAAACCCCUCUGCACCCACGGGAACAAACUUCUGCCACAAAUUUCAUGUGGAACUGGGGAAAAAAAAAGAAAAUCACAUAUUGCUCUUCCUGCUCCCCCAUUUAUUACUGGAGAUAAUAACACCCCUUCUCUGAAGGAGUCAGGAGGAGGAAUCAGUUGGAUUUUUUUUUUAGGUAACCAGGUCCCAUUAUGCCAUAUCUGGAGGUAGUUUUCAUGCUUUAAAAAAAAGAACUAAAUGGCUUACUUAAAUUAAAGCCCUCGCUGCUGCGCUAAGGCAGAAAUAGCCGCCAGCUU